GUCAGCAUUCUAGGCAACAUUGGAGCUCGAAAAUAUAGCCCGUGAUGCAGCAUUGAGACGGUAUCAAUCAUGUCGAGAGCAGAGGAGGCACCCCCGAGGGGCCAUGCUUGGAGGCAGGACAGGAAGGCGUUUGCCAGGUUUCCCGACAGCCCGCUGGCCAGCCUCUCCUCAUCGCUCACGUCCGCCAGGCGGUCGGCUGACAACCUUUUGCAUGUGGCUGCCGAGGCAGAGCGGAAAUUGAAGGCGGAGGGCGAACGCAUAAGGGCAGAAUUCGAGAGGCAGGCGAAGACUACGAGCACAAAGUUGCGUGCCAGCCUGCAGCACCUGCAGCCUCCCAUCGGGGAGGAGUGGGGCGAUGCGAUGGCGGGCAACCCGUAUGCAGGGAAGAGGCGUGACCGGUCGCGCAGCAAAUUGAGGAGAGUGCGCAGCGCUUCUGACUUCAGGCGCGGGAGCAGGAUGUUGGCAGGCAGCUCGGGGGACGACGAGGGCAAGGAAUGGGAUUUGUUUGCCGCCCUCAAUAACACCCUGUCAGCCAGCCGCAGCCCCAUUGCUGGCUCCCCGUAUCAGGCGCCCUCCACUUUCCAGGAUCAGGCGCGCAUGGUGGUGAGCAGCGACGCGGCUCGCAAGCUGCUGGCAGCGCCCAAGCGCACCAUCCGCACAGCUAAGCAGACGCUGGAGAACUGCCAGGAGAACCUGCAGUCGCUUGGCAACCUUCUGCAGCAGACCAUGGCUGCCAACCUGGCUGUCACCCCUCGCGCAAUCUCUUACGAGGCCGAGCUGGCGAAGCCGGUGGGCUCGCACAACACGAAUUUCGCGACGUGCAAGGAGCUGCAGGCCCCGGUGCGGCCGGCGAACCAGAUGGAGUCUGUGCCGCUGGACGACCUGAUCAAUCUGGAGGGCCCUGGCGGCUCGCCCGGCUCGGACCUGAUGCGCGGUUGGUUCUCCGGCUUCCUGCGCUCGCGUGAGAUCGCCGAGAUCGACCGCGCCAUCCGCGGUGACGACGCCGAGAGCACCGCUGCAGAUGAGCAGCCCCCUCACAACCGCCCCUGGGGGCCCCUGCAGCAAGAGGCGCAGCGGCGGCGCGAGGAACAGAGGCGGCGGCGGCACAGCAGCCUGCGCGAGCCGGGGCGCCACAUCGCCAUCUACACAACGGCCUCGCUCCCCUGGAUGACCGGCACCGCCGUCAACCCCCUCCUGCGCGCUGCCUACCUCGCCAAGGAGAAGCACCGCGAGGUGACGCUGGUGAUCCCCUGGCUGGCGCCGCCAGAUCAGGCGUUGGUGUUCAACAACCUGUCCUUCGAGACCCCCGAGCAGCAGGAGGACUAUGUACGCGCGUGGGCACGCAAACGCACAGGGCUUCCCUGCGACUUCAAGGUUGCCUUCUACCCGGGGCGAUACGCCGCAGAGAAGUGCUCCAUCCUGCCCGUCGGCGACCCCACCUCUUACAUCCCCGACAACGAGGCUGACGUGGCGGUGCUGGAGGAGCCGGAGCACCUGAACUGGUAUCACCACGGGCGGCGCUGGACCGACAAGUUCCAGCACGUGGUGGGCAUCAUCCACACCAACUACCUGGACUACGCUCAGCGCGAAGAAGGCGGCGCCCUCAAGGCCAAGGCCCUCGCCGCUGUCAACCAGAUUGUUUGCCGCAUGCACUGCCACAAGAUCGUAAAGCUGUCGGACGCGGUGCAAGAGAUGCCGCGGUCGGUGACUCAGUUUGUGCACGGCGUGCCUGGCUCCUUCCUGGCCGUUGGCGAGGCCAAGGCCAAGCCGGCGCCCGAGGGCGCCCCCCGCUUCACCAAGGGCGCCUACUUCAUCGGCAAGGCGAUAUGGGCGAAAGGCUACACGGAGCUGCUGGACCUGAUGGAGAGGGACAGCGCCUCGCGUGACAUGCACACCCACGUCGACUGCUAUGGCUACGGUGACGAUCUCGAAGAGCUGAAGGCGGCGUCUGCGCGGAAGAAGCUGCCGCUGCAGUUCCAUGGCGGGCGCGACCAUCUGGACGAGUCGAUGCAUGACUACCGAGUUUUUGUCAAUCCCUCCACAUCAGACGUGGUUGCCACCACCACAGCUGAGGCCCUGGCCAUGGGCAAGUGGGUGGUUGUUGCUGAGCUGCCCUGCAACGCCUUCUUCAAGCGCUUCUCCAACUGCCUCACCUACAGCACACCGGAGGAGUUCAGCGAGCGGCUGCGGACGGCGCUGUUGGAGGAGCCGCACCCGAUGAGCGCGGAGGAGCGGCGGCGGCUGACGUGGGAGGACGCCACCGAGCGCUUCCUCGACGCGGCCGAGCUCAAGAGCGGCGAGCGGCCCAAGCCCAUCGAGGAGGCCUGCGACCGCCUCGCCUGGAAGGCCUUCAACGCCUUCUCCGGUGUGGAGCCGCUGCGAGCGAUCAGCGGCGCAGGCACAAACACACGCGACAAUCCCGGCAAUCUGGCCGACUUUAUGCCGGCGGUGGACUGCGGAGGCAUCUUUGACAACAAGGCCCGCGCAGCCGCCCGCUCCCAGAGGGCAACUUGA